CACACCUCCAAUUCCAACUUCUGCAAUACCAACCCAAGCAACGGUAACCUGACCAUCCCCAAUCCCCCCUUCAGCCGGGAGAUCUAACCAAACAGGUGAAGGGCAUACCCCAACAACAGCCCUAACAAGCAAAACACUCUCUCUUAAUUUAAAACCCAAUUUGGUCCAUUUGGGUUCUAACCCAAUUUAAAACUCUAAAAUACUCUUCUUGGGUUUUGCUCCUUGGCUUCCGUCUGCAACACCCCAUUGAGUCUACUACUGAGAAUAUAAAAUGGAGCAGAGAUUGUCUAACACAUGGCGGAUGACAGUGAAUGAGAAAAAGUUUAUAGAGACUGCUUUACUUUCAGACCUAAGAGUUGAUGGCCGUCGUCCUUUUGAUUAUAGACGGCUAAACAUCAUGUUUGGUAGAGAAGAUGGCUCAUCAGAAGUGCAGCUCGGCCAGACUCAUGUUAUGGGUUUUGUCACUUCCCAACUAGUUCAACCUUAUCGAGACAGGCCAAAUGAAGGCACUCUAUCAAUUUAUACUGAGUUUUCUCCAAUGGCUGACCCUGCAUUUGAGGCAGGUCGUCCUGGAGAAUCUGCUGUGGAGUUGGGACGUAUAGUAGACCGUGGGUUACGUGAAAGCCGGGCGGUCGAUACAGAAUCACUUUGUGUUGUUGCUGGAAAGUGGGUAUGGUCCAUUCGCAUUGAUCUUCACAUUCUAGACAAUGGGGGCAAUCUUGUUGAUGCUGCGAAUGUUGCUACUUUGGCUGCUCUAUUGACAUUCCGGAGGCCUGAAUGUACUCUGGGAGGAGAAGAUGGUCAGGAAGUGAUUAUACAUCCUUCUGAGGUGAGGGAGCCACUUCCAUUGAUAAUACAUCAUCUCCCUAUAGCAGUGACUUUUGCGUUUAUUGGUGACGAGAACAUUGUGGUGAUAGAUCCGACUCACUUUGAAGAAGCUGUUAUGGGAGGAAGAAUGACUGCUACACUUAAUACAAAUGGUGAUGUUUGUGCUAUUCAAAAAGCUGGAGGACAAGGUGUCAUGCAGAGUGUUAUAAUGCAAUGUUUACGGAUUGCUUCUGUGAAGGCUGCUGAUAUAACAAGCAAAAUAAAGAAUGCUGUUGAAUCAUACAAUACUGAAAGAGCACUACGGAAGAUUAAACGUCACUCUUCUGCUGCUGCUCUGGAUGUUAGCGAACCUGGUCAGAAGGGAGUCAGUGAUGUGUCAAGGCAUCAUAUGGAAAGAUCGCAGUUAAAAUCAGAGGAAUGCAGUGUCAGUCAGAGCAAUGACAUGGAGUUUGAAACCCAAUCAUCUGGACAAGAUAAGACUAAUAGGACAGAAGGCUAUUCUAAGAGUUUUAUAGGCGGGCCUUCAAGCUGGAGCCCUUAUUCGAAGGGUGUUGAUUUUGAUGCAUUGAGAGCUUCUCUUGCUUCAUGUGGAGCAGUAACACCAACUGAAAAUCAAGAAGAAUUAAGACAUGAGAAGCAGAAUAAAACUCAGACAGGCCAACCACUGGCAGGUAUUAAUCCAGUUCCUUCAUCUAAUGAGGCAGCUGAAAGUCAGCUACAAACAAAUGGAGAGAAGACUUUGAAGGAUGCUGUGAAACCUAAGCACAAGAGAAAGCAGAAGGCAUCCUCUAAUGUUGAUACAAGUUAAAUGAUUCUGCAGACAAAAUCUUUCUAGGCAUGUAGACUGUUGACCUUAUUUCUCAGUGCAAUUUAUUUUUUUGACCGAGUAUGCACGCAAGGAAUUGGACAUCUCAAGACACAUCAAACUCUCGCAGUUGAUGCAUCCAAUAGAUUUUUAAUGUAUGUUUUUAGGUAACUAUUUCAUUUUAUUGGACAACAUAUGAAAUGUACAAUCUUGUGGAUAUAGAUCUGUUUCAGAAAUAAAUUAAAAUUCUGCUGAAAAGAAUUUUUUAGGGUUCCUUUUUAGUUUUAAGUGAUUAGGCAUGUACAAAUUUUUUAGAUGGCAUUGCUUGUCGUCCUUUUUUCCUGCCUGUAGUUUUAUCGCUCCACAGCACCAAAUGAUAGAAUCAAUAGGUAUGUAAUUUAGUCCAUAAGACGCACAAUUACAAAAAUCAAAUUUAAGGAGAGAACCUUCACUUCAGUCUGAUUUUGAGUAGGACCUUGUAGACUUUCUGGACAUGGCUUCGAUUACUAUUCAUGUGUUAAUUUCAGGUGUAGUUAUGUUUUAUAUUCUUUUGGGUAUUCCCUUGAUUGGAUUUUCAUUCAUUUACUUGGAUCCUUGUUAGUAGAUGAUCUUUAGCGUCCUGUAUAAAUGUAUGCACACUAAGUUUGAGGGAGACCAAUACUAAAAUAUUCAGAGCUUUCUUGUGGUUGUAUGUUGCAGUGUUCUGUAUGAUGGUUUGAAAAGGAUUGUACGUCAAUUGUAGAAUACUCAUCAUUCUCCUAAUCUAGCUCGCUCCAGAUAGACUUCUUUUGAGCUACACACAAGCAGUCAUUCUAUCCUUCAAAUUUUCUCUGCCUAAUAGCUCACUCGAUAAUCCUCAUCUUUCCUUUUCUGUAACCCCUUUCCCCAACACCCUAUACCUCAAGGCUUCGACAAGAAAUCCCCAUGUUUUUUGUUCCCUAGAAUUUAAACAGCCUGUCAUCUUUAGGAAUAAGAGUUAACAUUCAUCUUUUUGUUGUAGAAACAUUGUACUGCAUGCUUUUCACAACCUAAGCCCAUCAAUUAGUCACAUGUUGCACUAUUAUUUCUUUGUUAGUUGGCAGAUCAAGCAGGUAGAGGAUCUGACACAUGGUGGAAAAACUUGGCCUUAUUUGAUGCCUGUGGGACUAGGGAAGAGUUUUUUGAUGCAAAGAUCAUUAACCCUCAGUGGAAUGAUAUGUUUAGCUUUCGUUGUGGUUUUUGUGUUAUGAUGUGUAGGAUUCAUUCAGCUUGUAGAAAUUGCAAUUGUUUUCAAAUUUAUUGAUGAUUACUCCAUCAUGUUUUCCAAAAAUCCAUAUUAUAAGAAUGAAUCCUCACCUGAUAAAAACUAGAAUUAUAAUUUUUGUCAUGUCUGAUUGCCCCAUUCAAAAUAAAUAUUUUAUUGGACAAUCUUAGGGUAGAGGAUUUGUAACUUGUAAUGAUGUUAGGGAUCAGGAAGGUUCUUGUAUUCCAAUAGAGUUGCGCUUUGUUCCCUUGAGUUUGUUCCUUUGCAGGUUUUGCACAUGCUGCCAUGCACUUUGAUUUGAUUGCUGCAGCCUGAAAUGAGGUCGAAAGUGUUUCUUUCUGUGUCAACCUGAAGUUAUAUGAAGAGAUCAAAGGUAAAGGUAUCUUGAAAAUCCAAUCGCAAAGAGGAAAUAAUGGAAUUUGCUAUAAUGACCUUUUGUAUCAGAUGUUUGGUUUGACUACGCUGCUCUGGGAGAAAUAGUUAGAACUCGAAUGCCAGGGUGCCAGCAUGCAGUGGCCUAUCGUUCUACAACCUUAGCAAUGUCACUAAUAGUUAAUUGUAGCAGUGAGAAGUGAAUGCACCCUCAGAACAAUUGGUUUGUCCUUUGAAUAUUUCCUAUUUAAUAUUAUUGUAAGUGUUUAUUAUUCUACUGGAAAGAUGAUUGAAGUUGUUCUUAAU